UCUUCACGGAGGUAUCGCUCUGUCGCUCUACAUCGGUGAGCUCGUCGCUUGGCCUAUAAAUCCCAAUUCACUUCAGCUCCCCCCCCGCCGCGUGCCAAAGAAAUCUCCAUCCGAUUUCCUACUCGUCUUCGCCUGCCCUUCCCCCCCUCUCAAUCCCACAAUUGAGCUUUCGACCGAGCUAUCUUGUCCACCGACCGAACCGUGAUCGAAUGGGAUGUUGUCGGAGGUAACUCAACAAGAAGGAUCUCAGCAUUUGUUGUUACACAGCUUCGUAAAUGGGGAAUUCGCAAGGGAAACAGGUGGCCCCCACCGAUGAGUUGAACUUGAAUCAGUUCCGCCUCCUGCGGGUGGUAGGGAAAGGGGCUUUUGGCAAAGUCCGCAUCGUGGAGAAAAAAGACACCGGCUUGACAUUCGCAUUAAAGUACAUCCGGAAAGAAGAAGUCGUCCGAUCGGAAAGUGUACGAAACAUCAUCCGUGAACGGCGCAUGCUCGAACACCUCAACCAUGCCUUCCUCUGCAACUUGAGAUACAGCUUUCAAGACAUCGAAUACAUUUACAUUGUGGUAGAUUUGAUGAACGGCGGCGAUCUGCGAUUCCAUAUCUCGAGAAAGUGUUUCACUGAGGAAGCUGUACGAUUUUGGGCCGCAGAGCUGGGCUGUGCUCUGCGGUACAUUCACUCGCAGGGAAUUAUCCAUCGGGAUGUGAAGCCGGACAAUGUGCUACUGGACUCGGAAGGACACGUGCAUUUGGCUGAUUUCAAUGUGGCCUCUGACUUCCGGCCCGGCAAGCCCCUUACGAGCAAAUCUGGCACGCUGGCCUAUCUGGCCCCAGAGGUUUACGAAGGCGGCGGUUACUACAGUGAAGUCGAUUGGUGGUCGCUUGGUGUGACCUUUUAUGAGUGUAUUUAUAACAAGCGCCCAUUCGAAGGUCGGACCCAGGAUGUGCUCAGCGAGAAUAUCAAAAAGGCGCAACCCAAGUACUACGUUACCAACCCCGCCGUAUCUGUCCCGUGUCUCCGAGCAUUGGCCGCCCUGAUGGAGAAGGAUCGGUCGAAACGAAUCGGUGCUACAGGCUUUGAGACCUUCACCUCGCACAUGUUCUUUGCCGACAUCGACUUUGAGGCGCUGGAGAGAAAGGAGAUUCCUCCCGUGUUCCGACCCUCCAGCGACAAGACCAAUUUUGAUGCAACAUACGAUCUGGAAGAAUUGCUCUUGGAGGAGGCGCCGCUCGAGGCUCGGGCCCGCCGACAAAAACCGCGGGCGGAGUUGCGGGAGGACGCCACGGCGAAGGAAAUUCGGGAAGACGAGCUCCAUCGUUUGAUCGAGACGAUGUUUGAGCCCUUCGAUUACACGAGAGUGUCCUACACCGGAAGCGCCGCCGAAGCCAUCGCCAACUCAUCAAACCCCGAAGAAUGCCUUCCCAUCCAAUCGACGCAUUCCCGGCAGGUCUCGCAACCCGAUCUUUCUCGAAACUCCCCGCCCCCACGCAACGAGGGAUCGGUCGGUCACUUGACCCAGCCCGACACCCCCUCCACAAUGAGUGAGACGCCAACGUCUCAGCAAUCCCUGCCACCGCCGCCACCCCCACCCCCGGCGUCAGCUCCGUCGUUCAGCAGACCUCUACCACCACCCGCAGCUGGUCGUCCCCGUGGUGCAACCCGGAAAGCGAGCAAGGGCGGCGGUGUCCAGAUGGUACUGGAGGAAGCCGGAAGCUGGAGUGAGCUCGCCGACCAUAGCUCUACUCUCCCGGCCGAAGGAUACGACACCGUUACCGGUAAAGGCAAAGGCUCGAACAGCGGCAUGCUUGCUUUUCUGAGUCGGAAGAAGGGGCGCGACAGGAGCCCCAAGCCCCAAGAACCUGGAGUUCUGGGCAAGGAAGGCGCAAGACAGAUCAUCAGUUGAGGUGGACGGUUGCGGCUCGAUGUAGGGAGCGCAGAGGCAUUUUCGGCGUGAAUUGACCAUCCCUGGACGGGAGAUCUGAGGGGAACGGGGUUGACUCGUGACACGGUGCGGCAGGAGUCCCGUCCGCUGGUUUGAGUGGUCGUUCGGAGUCAGCUAUGUACCAUGGAAAGACAUCGCCGGACUUCAGGCCACUGGGGCCACUCGUACAAGACUUACACGCAACCUCGAUUCAUGGUGGUUUGGUU